AUGUCAUUUAGAUCGAGCCGUUAUAUGUUCAGUCCAGCUCAAUUUCCACCAUCCAUUUCCACAUUAUCCAUUCAAGAGCAAUACAUCACCAUCUCCUUCAUUUUUCCGGCAGCCUUCCGAUCUCCGGUGAUCCGCCGUUCUCCGGAGACCCUCACGCCGGCGAGCACCACCGCCUCCGAGCCGACCCCACCAGCUCACAGCCGCGCCAUCACAGUUCCCGUCCGCAGCUCACGACCUCAGCCGCACCUCACCGACCAGCUCGAGUCCACGCACCUUCACCCAGCACCGGUGACCCGCCGUCGCCUCCGUCCAGCACCGACCGAGCCGCGGCCGUUCAGCUCCACCCUCAACUCGAACCAGCCACUGCUCACCGGCUGGCUGCUUAUUAUCACUACACAGAUUCCAUAUGAUCUAAAGCUGAAGACAUUGAAUGUUGGGGACACAAAUGAAAUCAUUCAAAUUCAGGGUUUUUUCAAAGAUGAAGGUGUUCUUAACAAGAGAGCUCAAGGGGUGGGUUUCCCACUCAUCUCCCACUUUUUUGCCAUCGCCAAUGUUUUCGUGAGAUAUUUCGUGAUAAUGUACAUUGUGAUACCCGUUUCUUAUUGGGGCUUGAACGUGGACAAUGCCAAGAACUUCCCCAUAUACUCGCCUUUACUGCUGAUGGUCAAGAAUAUAAUAUAUCGGCCAUCGUGGACUGUAGAUUUGAGCUGGAUGGAGAUAUCAUACAGGGCAUCUUCAAAGGGCAAGAUUAUGGUCUUGCUUGCCGUCUGCGUUUUCUUGAAAAAGGUUAUUCAGAUGCCGUUUUGGGCCCUUUUGCCCGUGGCUUUGCUCGCUUUCUCGUUCACUCUUCCUGUCAGCAUUAUUACCGCAACUACGAAUCAGACCCCGGGCCUGAAUAUAAGCACAGAGUACCUUAUGGGGAUAAUAUAUCCCGGGAGGCCGAUUGCGAACGUCUGCUUCAAGGUGUACGGCUACAUGAGCAUGUCUCAAGCAAUUGCUUUUCUUAGUGAUUUUUCAAGCUUGGUCAUUACAUGAAAAUUCCUCAUAGAUCAAUGUUCCUUGUUCAGGUACAGGAAAAGGUGGUGGCAGAGGUACAAUUACGUACUGUCGGCGGAUUUGGAUGCGGGCGUGGCUUUCAUGGCGGUGGUUUUGUAUUUCAUUGUGGGGAUUGAGAAGCGGAACUUGUCGUGGUGGGGGAAUGACGACUUGGAGCACUGUGACCUGGCCACGUGUCCCACUGCCAAGUGUGUCAUUGUGGAUAAUUGUCCUAUGUUUUGACCCAAUUACUUAUUUUGGUUUUCAUCCUAAACAAACAAACAAACAAAAAAAA